GUCGGCGCAUGCGCACUGCUCCCGUCUCCUGGUCGUCGCUGGGCCUCUCCGUGUUCCCGCCUGCGUCGUCGUCGUCGCGGAUACGAGGAGGAGGAGGAGGAGAAAGACGCGGUCGCCCGCGACAUCCCGCCAUGGACAUCCCGCAGCCUCCCGACGACCAGGAGCAGAGAAACAUCAUCGACAAGCUGGCGCAGUUUGUGGCGCGCAAUGGGCCCGAGUUUGAGAAGAUGACCAAGCAGAAGCAACGCGACAACCCCAAGUUCGCGUUCCUCUUCCGCGGAGAAUACUUCAACUACUACCAGUACAAGGUCACCACGGAGCAGCAGAUCCUGAAGCAGCAGCAGGCACGCAUGGCUGGCGCCUCGGGCCAGCCGGUCUCUCUGCACCAGGCGCUGGUGCAGCAGUCGCUGCAGACGGCGCCCUGGCAGCAGGGCCAGGGCAGCCCUGGGGGGCAGCAGCAGCAGCUCCCGCCCUGGCAGCAGGACAACGCUCAGCCCCAGCUCCCGCCGUGGCAACAGCCUCAGGGCCAAGCCAGCCCCGGGCAGCAGCAGGCCUUGCCGCCCUGGCAGCAGCCUCAGCCGCAGCCCGACCCGGUGCUGCCCCCGUGGCAACAGCCUGCUGCCCAACCGCUGCCGUCCGCUGCCCUCCAGGGCCUCCCGCCCUGGCAGCAGCAGGGACCCGACCCCGUGCAGCCGUCGCUGCCCCCCUGGCAGCAGCAGCAGCAGCAGCAGCAGCAGCCCCUGAUGCCGGCGCAGCCGCAGAUGCCUGUGGUCCCCUCUCAGGGUGGCGCCCCGCCAGUCGCGGGCCCCGACGGACCGUUCAACGCCGGCCCGGUGGCGCCCGGUGGCCGCAUGGUCCCCAGCCCGCAGCAUGUGCAGGAGCAGAUCCAGCAGAGCCUCGCCAACUUGCAGCAACAGCAGCAGCACCUCCUGCAGCAGCAGCAGGAGCAGAUGGAGGCGGCCGUGUGUGCGGCCCAGGAGGCGCGCGUGCGCGCAAUGGCCGCCGAGGCCCAGCUCAGCCUGAGCGACCUGGACGGCCUCCUGCAGCCGAUCAUCGACACGUGCACUAAGGACGCCAUCUCUACCGGCAAGACGUGGAUCUUCUCAAACGCCAAGUCAACGGGGGUGUGCGAGGCGCUGGCCGAGUACCUGCGCUGGAGGAUCGUGCGUCCGGGCUCCAGCUUCGAGCUACGCCUGCACCUCAUCUACCUCAUCAACGACGUUCUGCACCACUGCAGCCAGCGCAAGCAGGCGCAGGAGCUGCAGGUUGCACUGCAGCAGGUGGUGGUGCCCAUCUUCUGCAUGGCCAUCUCCGGCGUAGAGGAGGAGAAACAGCAGAAGCUUACGAAGCUGCUGCAGCUGUGGGAGAAGAAUCGCUACUUUGAGGACAGCAUCAUCGGACAGCUGAAAAACCCAGGCCCGAGCCUUGCGCAAUACAAGACGGCGCUGAUGGCGGAGUACGCGUCGGUGGUGGCGCCCGUGCAGCUGGCCGUGCAGCAGCAAUUCCGCACGCUACAGAUGCAGCACCAGCAGUUUGUGGACCACCUCACCUCCAUGCAGCCGCACCUGCCGCCGGCGCUGGGCGUGCAGCCCACGGGGCAGCCGGGAGCCACGACCCAGGCACCUGUGGGGCCAGUUACCACACAGCCUCCCACCUCUUCGCAGGGAGGGGGGGCCUUCCAAGCGCCGGUCGUGUCGGGACCUGGGCCGGGGGGCCCUAUCGGAUCGGGGGGCCCCCCUGAAGCCAUCCCUCCCGUCGGCGCUGAGGGGCACCACCCCUCUGCCUUCCCUUCCUCGCAACAGGGGCCACCGCAGCAGCAGCAGCAGCAGUCACAGCAACAGCAACAAUCACAGCAGCAGCAACAGCCUCCCUGGAACAACCAGCAGGGGCAGCAGGGGGCGCCGUGGGCUGCCAACCCCCCCAACUUCAGGGCCCCUCACCCUGGCGCCUUCAACCAACCCCCCCUCAACUUCCCACCCGGCCCCCCCCCAAACAUCUCUUACGAUUACCAGCACGGCUCGCACCAACGAAUUGGACCCCCACCCAGCUUCCACCACCCGCCCGGCAUCCCCCCGAUGGGGAUGGAGUACCAGGCCCCGGCAGGACCCCUCCCGGCGCCGCCGCCGCCGCCCCCCCCUCCCCACAACAUGGCGCCCGACUUCACGAAGCCCCCUCCAGGCUUCCCCAACAUCCCGCCGCCGCCCGUGGGCACGCAGGCCGCCGCCGCUGCCGCGGCCGCCGCCGCGGCCGCCGCCACCGCCCCGGAGCCCGGCGUCGACCCCAACGACCCCACGCUGCUACCCACGAUGCCCUACUACGAGCUGCCCGCCGGCCUUAUGGCUCCGCUCGUCAUGCUGGAGGAGACGGAGUACCGUCCCCUCAACCCCAAGGACAUCCGUCUGCCCCCCCCGAUGCCGCCCAGCGACCGCCUCCUGGCCGCCGUGGAGGCCUUCUACAGCCCGCCGUCGCACGAGCGUCCGCGCAACAGCAGUGAGGGCUGGGAACAGAACGGCCUCUACGAGUACUUCCGAGCCAAGAUGCGCGCGCGCCGCCGGCGCGAGGAGCGUCUCCACCGCCGCGGGAGGUCGCGGUCGCGGAGCGGCUCGUGCGGCGGCCGCCGGUCGUACUCCAACUCCGGCUCGUCGUCGUCGGGAUCCAGCUCCUCCUCGUCCUCACGCUCACGCUCGCCCCGAAGGCGACGGAGCUACAGUCGAUCGCGCUCGAGGUCCCCGCGCUACCGCCGGAGGUCUCGCUCCGCCUCGCCGCGCGCCGCUGCCGCCUCCCCUCGCCGCCCGCGGGAUCGCUCGGAGCGCUCCCGCAGCAAGACUCCUCCGUCGCAGGCGUCUGGAUUGGGCGGUGGCCACGUGCAUCCCGACCACCGGAUCAACGAGGAGAACAAGGGGCGGCAACUCAUGCUCAAGAUGGGCUGGAGCGGGGCCGGUGGCCUGGGCGCCAACGAGCAGGGCAUCCAGGACCCCAUAAAGGGCGGGGACAUUCGGGACCGCUGGGACCAGUACAAGGGCGUAGGCAUCCCCCUCGAUGACCCCUUCGAGAGCUUCCGGCGCAGCAAGAGCAGCACUUUCAUCGCGCGCAUGAAGGCUCGCGUCGACGACCCUACCGCCCCCCCUACUCCAACCACGGAAGCGGAGGUGAAGGAGUGAGGAGGUGGAGGAGUGAGGAGGUGGAGGAGUGAGGAGGUGGAACGCGUGGACAUGGUCACGACACCACGGGCCUGUGCACGGGCAGCCCGACGGAGAAUCGCACACACACUAACAUCCCCCCAUGAAGCCUUCUCAGACCGGGGCAAGUUCAGUUAGUACCGAAUAAGGCCGGCACGGCACAUGAGGUGGGCGGGUGGCCAAUAACACGCCCGGCCGCAUUUUGUCUCCCCGGUGCCGAUCAUUGUUAACACAUUGCACCAGGUACUCAUUUAAAGCUGAGUUGACCUAGGGGAGGACCAGCACCGGUUCAUGUAUCCGCCACUGAUAUUGGCCGUGAGCGGGAAUCUAACGCGGGUUGCAGGUUUUGUUUGUGGAGUGCGCUAACCACUCCACUGCUGUUCCCCAAAACACAACCCACACACAUCCACCACUACAUGUCCACACACAUUACACACACAAAUCCAGACAUAGUGACGAAUCCACCAACACACACAGGUGCAACCACAUAUCUACCCACACGUACGCCCACCAUUUCAACGACAGUUUUUUUUCGGGAGGCGGUGAGAUUUUGUACAAAAAUUAACGUCUCUGUGCAUGAAAUGUUCAGGGACGAGAAUCCAACCCUCACCCUGGGCGAGCGGGGUUUGCCGAGUGAUCGUUUCUGCCAUUUGGAGCGCGCUGCGUCGUGUGUUGGCACGCAUGGCGCCACGGUGGCUAGGAGAUGUUAGCUACCUCGCCUGGUAUACAGAAGUCUGUGGGUUCGAUCCCGACCUUGACGCCUGCUGUAUAUUUGGAGUUUGGAUUUUUUGUCACCCCUUGGCCGUGGGGAUUUGUCUCCGGGUCCACCGGUUUUUUCCGCCCGCGUUCAGAAUCGACAUGCGUUGGGACUAUGUGACCGCUGUAAAUGUCCAGGAGAUGAGCCGCUGCGUUGAGCUGUAAUUUGUGAUGGACGAGGUCGCUUCUGAAAAAUAGCUCAGUGGGGCCUUACCUGGUAAAAUAAAACAAAUAUUCGUACUUGACAUUGUUUAGUUAAAAAGGCGCAUUGGGUGGUACCAAUUUUCGAUGUGGCCCACGGCCUGGCUACUGCGUGCGUGCGUUUGUGCCCAGUGGGGUGGUUUGCGAGACGGAGGUGGGUUGUGGGGGUGCGCGUGGCCGUGAGACGGGGCGCGAUGGGUCUUGUGCCGCGAUGGAGCACCGGGUACCCACAACGCCUGCGGUUUUGUAUUAAAGCAUUGGGGUCGUUUC